CUCCUCCCUAUUUUGCUUCAUUCUUUCUCCUUUCCCUUCAACCAAACCAAAGAAAAAGAUCAAAAGAGAACCGCCGCAUGGCAUACAGAGUCGAGAGGUAGCGAUUGAAGCAUCGAUUUUUAAGUGUUGUAGAGAAUAUGGGCAGUGUUCUGAGUAAGGCUGGCGAUGGCAUUGGAAAUGCAUUUGCGGCUCCUUUCAAGGCCGUUCUACAAGGAUCUUGCGACGACGUGUGCGCCGGAGUUUGGGAUGUCUCAUGCUUCAUCACUCACCUCUGCGUGUCCGAUUUGAUGAAGUUGUUCAUGAUCCUGAUUCUAUGUUACAUAACUUUGUUGUUCUUCUACAUGUUCUUCAAACUGGGGAUAUGCCAAUGCUUAGGGAGGACUAUCUGCGGAGUGUAUUGCUCAACUUGUAAGGCGUACUGGUCUGCAAUGGGGUGUUUGGCAUGUUUCCUCUGGCAUAAACUCACACACGUCGAGCGCGUAAACAGGCGGCACCACCGCCGGCACCGCUUCCUCGACAUCGAAUCCGGCGACGAUUCCACCUUUGGCGGCUCUUUUGCCGCCAACGGUGGAGUCAGCGUCUCUGAACGUUGCCGACAAAGCCGCCGCUGCCAACGCCGCCUUUAUAUGGGCGGAGGAGAAAUUGGGGUUCGGGUUCAUGGGAGGCGUGUGGGGUCAACGAGGAGGAAGAAGAAGUUAAGAGAUCAUCAUCGUCGUCGUCGUCAUCAUGGUGGGAGAAAGGACAUUGUUGUUCUUGGCCCAAAGAUGGCAUCUUUCAAAAGAAGACGCGUUGUUGCAUAAUAGGAGCGAUGCCCAUAACAAUGUGCAAUUUUGUACAUGUUUUUUCUUUUACAUGUUGAAUGAAAUUUGCUAGGACUAAUAGUUUAGUUUAUCACCAAAGGAAAUUAGGGGCCACUGCAUCUUUUUUAUGUCUUGUGUCACUAAUAUUUAUGUAUAUAUUUGUGUCACUAAUUUUAUUGAUAUAUUUGUGUCACUAUACAAUGAUGUGGGUCCAAAUCUUACAUAAACUAGUUUUUUGUGCCAAUUAUUGUCUGAUUUUCUAUUCAUUUUAAUGAAGUGAAAAAUACUAU